GUUCUUACGAGAUCAUUGACGUUUGUUAUGUUUUUCACGUUAUUUUUUAUUGUGUAUUAACUGUUGUUACAUCAACAGUGAUCAAAAUUAAAAGUUUAUUAAGUAAUGAUAUUUGGCGUACUUUGACAACAAUAUCAAAUUAUAAUUUUAUCAUAACAAAUACUUAUUAAAUCAUGUGUUUAAAUGCGUUUAGUGUUCAAAAUUUAUUUUCAGCUGUGGCUAGGGAACGUUGUUUGGCUAAGUUUAAAAAAUUCAAGAUACAGCAAACGAAUAAAAAAGCAACACAACCAUCGACUUCCGCAGCUGUUUUGAUUCCACUGUGUAACGUAAAUGAUAUUCCAAGUCUUUUGUAUACCGUGCGAGCUGUAAACUUAAAGACGGACAGUGGACAUAUAUCUUUUCCUGGCGGGAAAACUGACAAGGGAGAAUCUCCAGUUGAAACUGCACUGCGUGAGACCAAAGAGGAAAUAGGGUUAUCACCCGAAAAAGUCGAUAUAUGGGGCAGUGGGAAUACUUUUCCGGGUAGAAAUAACAAAAUCAGUGUCACCCCUGUCAUAGGCUCUAUAAAGAAUUUGAGGGAACAAGAUCUUAACCUGAACAAAAAAGAAGUUGCUGAAACAUUUGCAGUUCCAUUACAAAGUUUCUGUGAUCCGAAUAAUCAAUUUUACACACAGUUCAAGAAUGGUUACAUACUUCCAGUGUUUGUUGUUAAUAAAUAUCAAAUUUGGGGGCUGACCGCAUAUGUAACUCAUGUGUUUUUGAGUUGUCUCCUACCAAAGGAUAUAUAUAGAAAUGAGUGGAUGAGGAAAAAGAUUUUUAUAGAUCAUCAUAUAAAUUUACAUUGAUUCGGUAUUUACAAAAAAUAAUAAUAAUAUUAAUAUAUUUAUGUAAAUAUUUAUUAAAAGUACAAAAGCUAACUAUAGUUAGUUAAACAUUGUAUACAAGUUUGUAAAAAUUUUACAACAUAUUAAUGGCAAUAUGGUAAAUAAUUAAAUAUGAAUAAUGAGAAGAAAAAAAGCGAAAAAUAAAACGCAAAUAAAAAAUUAAAAUAUUUAUCCAGGUUUAUUCCUUAACAAUUUUACAUUAUAUACUAGUGUUAAUAUUUUAUACAAUGUCCAAUAUUUUUUUAUGUAGAUGCCUCUUGUCUGUAUAUUGUGAACAAAACAAUAGCUUGUAUAGAUUAUUAAAAAAAAAAAAUUAUUCCAAAAUCAAGGCAUCAUUAUCAACAGUUCAAGUCUCAAUAAAAUGGCUUAAAUUGAAUCUAUGUAUUAAAAAUAAGUACUUAUACUACCUUCAAAAAAGGUAACCGAGGCAG